AAGGGGCCGCAGCUCCGGGCCGGAGCCGGUGCAGCAGCGGAGGUUGCUCGGUCUGCCUGGUGCACCGGAGGGUCAGCCCUGAGUCCAGCAGGCCCUGAUCGCCGCCUGCAGCCCGAUGGCCCCUGGAGGCUCCCGCCGGCGCUCCCGCUCCCGCAGCCGAUCCUGGUCCCGGUCCCGAUCUAGGUCCAGGUCCAGGUCCAGGUCCAGGGGGCGCGGGCCGGAGAAGAGGCGCAGGGCGAGCCGCAAGGCCAGCUCGGCUCCCCUUCUCCUGGCCCCGCGGCCUCACCUUCUUCCUCCCUGCAUCCCAGAGAGACGCCGGCACAAGGCCCAGAAAAGACACCGGUGCAGCUCUUCCUCCUCCUCUUCCAGUUCUUCCAGCUCGUCGUCCUCCUCCUCGUCCUCCUCGUCCUCCCCUUCCUCCUCCUCCUCUUCCAGCCAUGGCAGGAAGAAGCGGAGUAAGCACAAAGACAAGAAGAGGAAGAAGAAGAAGAAGAAAAAGAGGAGGAGGAAGAAGCUGAAGAAAAAGAGCAAAGAGAAAGCAAAGGUGCAACCGGUCGAGGCUCUGCCCGGCCCCUCGCUGGACCAGUGGCACCGCUCAGCUGGCGAGGAAGAGGAAGGCCCAGUCCUGACUGAUGAGCAGAAGUCGCGGAUCCAGGCCAUGAAGCCCAUGACCAAGGAGGAGUGGGACGCCCGACAGAGCGUCAUCCGCAAGGUGGUGGACCCCGACACAGGCCGCAUCAGGCUCAUCAAGGGUGAUGGUGAGGUCCUGGAGGAGAUCGUGACCAAAGAGAAGCACCGAGAGAUCAACAAGCAAGCUACUCGAGGAGAUGGCCUGGCCUUCCAGAUGCGUGCUGGCCUGUUGCCUUGAGGCACCGAGCACCCAAGGUCUACGGUGGCCACCAGAGUUGGGUCCCAGAGGACCGCAGGAUACCUGCAGGUCACUGUUGUCCUUUUCCGAGUACUGGCCUCGGCUCCAUCGUCACCCCAAAGACAGGGUCAGUGGCCUGGGCGACUCCCCCAACUCUGAGCGUUCCACUGGCCAGACAUUAAAUGUUCUCUGGUUGGAGGAGUCAGU